GUGUCUCCGUACCCUCUGGUCCUGUCUUUAGAGAACCACUGCUCUGUAGAGCAGCAGGCCGUCAUGGCCAAACACCUCCGCUCCAUUCUGGGCAACAGGCUCCUCACCAAACCCCUGACCGACCAGCCCCUGAACCAACUGCCCUCUCCGGAGGAGCUGAAGUAUCGUAUUCUGGUGAAGGGGAAGAAGCACACCCCUCACCUGGGCCAACUGUCGAAGACUGGGAGCGCGGCCAGUUUCUCAUCCAGCACUGACCUGGAGGAUCUGGGGACCAGCAGCAAAAACACCCCCAAGAGGGACCCAGCUAAGGUCUCUUCCAAACUGAGCCAGGAUCUAUCAGAGCUGGUGGUAUAUUGCCGUAGUGUCUCCUUCAGUGGAUUUGAAAACACAAAUGAAAAAGCUCCAAAUGAAAUGUCCUCUUUCUCUGAGAGCGAUGCCCUAAAGCUGAUCAAAGACUCUGGAAAGCUCUUUGUACGGCACAACAGCAGGCAGCUGAGCCGGAUCUACCCCUCCGGCCAGCGUCUCCAAUCGUCCAACUAUGAUCCUCAGGAAAUGUGGAAUGGGGGUUGCCAGAUGGUGGCUCUGAACUUCCAAACCCCGGGGGAGCAGAUGGACUUGAACCAGGGCCGCUUCCUUCAGAACGGUCGUUGUGGUUAUGUACUCAAACCCAGCUUCAUGUGCAGCUCCUCCUCCGAGUUUAACCCUGAAAAUACAGGAGGAGGACCUGGCCAUGUCCCCACACAACUGACUAUACGAAUCAUUUCAGCACAGCAGCUGCCCAAAAUCAACACAGAGAAGGCCAGCUCCAUUGUGGACCCCCUCGUCUGGGUCGAGAUCCAUGGAGUGGACAUAGACAAUGCUAAAAACAAAACCCAUCGCAUCGACAACAAUGGAUUCAACCCGAGGUGGGACUGCACUCUGAGCUUCCAGCUGCAGGUGCCAGAGCUGGCCCUGGUGCGGUUUGUGGUGGAGGACCAUGAUCACACAGCAAAAAAUGACUUUGUGGGACAGUUCACUUUGCCUUUUACGAGUUUACGAACAGGUUAUCGGCACGUUCACUUACUGAAGGCAGAUGGCUCCAGUCUGUCCCCAGCCACUCUCUUUGUGCACGUUAAAGUGGCACGCAGAGGAGUUCCCAUCAAAACCGUGGCGGAGCGAAUGGCCACCGCCAAAGGCAAAGCAUGAUGUGAAUCUAAACGGCUGCUAAGCGGUUAUUCCAAAAAAAAAGCUUUGGUCAAAGCUUUUGAAUACAGCAACACUGCUUCUGCAGUGUGCCAGUGUCCUGGACCAGACCUCAAGUGGUCCAACUCACACAGAGCCACGAGUCCAAAGGAAGAGAGAAUCUGAGUCCUUAACAAAUGAUGUGCCUCAGGCUGGAUCUAUGACUCACUGUGAGAGUGUCUACAGCGCACUGAAUAUUGUAUUUUAUCGAAUACAGUGACACAAUCUGAAGUAUUUUACUUAUACUUAAUUAUUAACUCAGUAUUAACUCUAAUGAAGUGAUUAGAGGUUAAAAUAUUUAACAUAUUUAAGAGAAUGUACUUAUGUUUGUGUUGUUAUAACUGGAUAAUGCUUGCAUGUUUGAUUAUUACUACGUAAUUUUUAAAAUAUGUAAUAAUAAUUUGCAUUAUUAUAUUAAAUGUAAUUUUGUUGUAUUGUAACAGAAUACAUUUCAACAUUUUAACAAUGGGUGAUGCACACCCAGUCUUACUUGAAACAUCUCCUACAUCAAGCACUUUGUUACUGAUUUUAAAAGUAGGCUACAUACAGUAUUCUACACUGUAUCUUAAGCAGACAUUUGUUGUUUACAAAACCUCUUAAUUGUCAUUUUGAUUGUUCUGUGUCGGCAAGCUGAAGUUGUGGCUUUACGUGAAGAGGCUUAUCUCAGUGGAUUACAUAUUACUUACACACUACUGCAGAAUCUUACAAUACUGACUGAACUGUGCCCGUCAUGCUGUAGGCACUUUUAUUUAAUGUUCUGCAUUGAAUACUUAAAAAUUAUGUAACAAUUAUAACACUAGAAGCUGUGUCAAACUUUAUUCAUAAUGUGAAUUUUGUUUCAUCUUUUGUGUGUGCAAAUAAUCUACUGUUUUCAUAACAAAGUUAAACACUGUUGUGAAAUAAGAUUUGAGACAUCACUGAGUUUCAAACAUUAAAGUUUGAUAAAGUUUAGUUUGUUUUUGUCAUGGAGGAUUUGAAUAUGAAUCAGUUAGACUGGCUUUUGAGUUUUGUGUUAUAUCUAAUUAAAUCUAAAUUGUGCAAUUAAUGUAUCUGAUUAAUUUUAAUAACAUCCACCAUAGUUGAUUACAGUGCUGUAAUUACUGUCCUAUAAGCCUGAAUAAAGA